CGCUGGAGCAGGAUGUCUUCCACACAGACUGUGGAGGGCUCCCCUGCUGAACACAGCGUGUCUUCAGCGGAGAGCAACCUUGCAGACGACGCUCCCUGGAAGAAGAUCCAGAAGAACACCUUUACUCGCUGGUGCAACGAGCACUUGCGUUGCGUGGACCGGGAGAUCGAGGACCUCCAGUUUGACCUGAACGAUGGACUGACCCUCAUUGCCCUGCUGGAGGUGCUGAGCCACAAGAAGAUGUUCAGGAGGUACCACACACGGCCCACCUUUAGACAGAUGAGGCUGGACAACGUUUCUGUGGCUCUGGAGUUCCUGGAGCAGGAGAACAUCAAGCUGGUGUCAAUAGACAGCAAGGCCAUAGUAGAUGGGAACAUGAAGCUGAUCCUGGGCUUGGUGUGGACACUGAUCCUCCACUACUCCAUCUCCUCUCCGCUGCUCGGGGACGGGGGGCAGGACAAGGCCAGGAAGCAGACCCCAGAGCUCCGGCUGCUGGGCUGGAUCCAGGACAAGGUGCCUGAGCUGCCCAUCACCAACUUCAGCCAGGACUGGAUGAACGGCAAGGCUCUGGGAGCCCUGGUGGAUGGACUGGCCCCAGGUCUGUGCCCUGAUUGGGAGAGCUGGGACGAGGUGCAGCGAGUGGACAACGCCAGAGAGGCUAUGCAGCAGGCUGAUGAAUGGCUAGGGGUGCCACAGGUCAUCGCCCCAGAGGAGAUCAUUGACCCCAGGGUGGAUGAGCAGUCCAUCAUGACCUACCUGUCAAUGUUUCCCAAAGCCCAGCUGAAACCGGGGGCCCCCCUGAAACCCAAAUCAGUGUCCAAGCCGAAGGCCUGCAGAGCGAGUGGCCGGGGGCUGCAGCCUAGAGGCCUGAGGGUGGGCCAGACUGCAGACUUCAAGGUGGACACCAGCAGAGCUGGGCCUGGAGACCUGGAGGUGCAUGUCACAGGACCUGAUGGCUCAGAGGUACCUGUUCAGCUGGAAGAUGCCACGGAUGACAUGUAUGCUCUUCAUUACCACCCUACCGCUCACGGCCACCAUACCAUAGACAUCACAUGGGCUGGGGAGCACAUUCUGAAGAGCCCGUUUAAGGUUGGGGUGUGGCCAAGGGCUGGCCCCCAGGUGGUGCGUGCGUGGGGGCCCGGUCUGCAGGGGGGUGUGGUGGGAAUGUCAGCUGACUUUGUGGUGGAAUCUAUCUGUGCUGAGGCAGGAAUGUUGGGUUUUGCCAUCGAGGGUCCUUCUCAGGCCAGGAUGGAGUGUGAUGACCAGGAAGACGGUUCGUGUGAUGUGAGGUUCUGGCCCACAGAGCCGGGUGACUACGCUGUGCAUGUCACGUGUGAUGAGGAGGAGAUCCAGGACAGUCCCUUCAUGUCCCACAUUAGCCCAAACAGAAAGAAGUCCUACCCACACAAGGUGAAAGUCUUUGGACCAGGAGUCAGUCAAACUGGCUUUGUACUGAAGUGUGCCAUAGAGUUCACAGUGGAUACCAGGUUUGCUGGAGAUGGAUCUUUGGGCCUUUAUGCACAGAACUUUGAUGGAGAGCCUGUCAGUGUGGAAGUGGUCCAUAAAGAGAAUGGCGUGUACACCUGUUCAUACACAGCAAUGACAGAGGGUAAACACACCAUCUCUGUGUCCUGGGGAGGAGUUAGUGUUCUUGGCAGUCCCUUCAGAGUGAUGCCUGCCAGGGUUAGAAUUGAACCUUCGUUCAACACUUCCACAAAAAGGUCUAAAAGGUCAGGGAUACUUGGAGAUGGGAAUGACCAAAACCUUGCAGAAAGCAUUGAUUCUAUGGACAAGCUUGACCUGAAUGUAACCAGUCCAACGAAGUUGCCAUCUGAUGCAAGCAAGGUCAAGGCUUAUGGGCCAGGAUUAAAGGGGGGGGUGAUUGGCAGCCUGGCAGAAUUGACCAUUGACACCAGCAGCUGUGGCAGCGGACAGCUCUGUGUGACAGUGGAUGGACCCUGCCCAACCAAAAUGAAAUGUUUGGAUAACGAGGAUGGCACCUGCACUGUGACCUACCUGCCAACAGAACGUGGAAAACAUCUGAUCAACAUCCUCUUCCAAGGAAUACACAUCCCAGGCUCCCCAUUUCAGGCUGAUGUCCACAUGCCUUUCGACCACUCAAAGGUGGUGGUGUCUGGGCCAGGUCUGACCAAGGCCAAAGUUGGCGAGCCAUGUGUUGUGAACAUAGACUGUGCCCUCGCUGGGGUUGGAGAGCUCUCUGCAGAGGCUGUAUCUGAGUCUGGCCACAGGGCCAAAACCAAGGUGAGAGAAAACCUGGAUGGCACCUACACAGUGGUCUACGUGCCCCUCACAGCAGGUGUUUACACGCUGAGGCUGAAGUACGGAGGGAAGGUGCUGGCCAACUUCCCCUCUGAGGUGGUGGUGGAUCCAGCUGUGUACACUAGCCAGGUGAAGGUCUGUGGGAGAAAGGCAGAGGGGGAAGACCAGAAUGACCUUGAAGAAGAAAGUAAACCAGCCAAAUUCUUUGCCAGUGGCAUGGGACUUGUACAGGGUGUAACAGGGCAGAACAACAGCUUCAGUGUCAGAAGCAGGAGAAAUGGAGCUGGAGGGCUACACAUCAGUGUCGAGGGACCAUCAGAUUCCAUGGUCUCUUGCAUAGAAAAACAAGAUGGCCGCUAUGACAUACAAUACGUCCCUAGUAUGCCAGGAGUCUAUGACAUUAACAUCACUUCUGGAGGAAAACACAUUCUAGGAAGCCCUUUCAGAGUACCAGUGAAAGAUGCCUUAGAUAUUAAGGAUGUGAAAGUCUCUGGGUCAGGUGUGGAGAUGGAAAUGUGUCCCCAAAGUCCUCAGACCUUCACUAUUGACUGCAGCAAGAGUGGAGAGGCCCCAGAGUAUGUGGCUGUUAUGACACCUAGUGGUCAAAUGGAACUUGUGGAGGUGACAAACAAUGGAGAUGGAACAUGUUCAGUAGCCUACUCUCCUUCCAUGGAGGGAGCUCACUCUCUGCUGGUCAAAUAUGCUGAUGAAGAUGAGUGUCAUUUUCCAGUUCCAUUCCAAGUGCUUCCCACCAAGGAGACCAACAAGUUAAAGGUCUCUGGUCCAGGUUUGGAAUCAGGACUUUGUGCCAAAGUUCCUCAGACCUUCACUAUUGACAGCAGCAGUAGUGGAGAGGCUCCAGAGUCUGUGGCUGUAAUGACACCAAGUGGAAAGAUGGAGCAUGUGGAGGUGACAGAUAAUGGAGAUGGAACAUACUCAGUAGCCUACUCUCCUUCCAUGGAGGGAGCUCACUCUCUGCUGGUCAAAUACUCUGAUGAAGAUGACUUCUGCAGUCUCUCUGACUUCCAAGUGCUUCCCACCAAUGAUUCCAAGAAGUUAAAGGUCUCUGGUCCAGGUUUGGAAUCAGGACUUUGUGUCAAAGUUCCCCAGACCUUCACUAUUGACAGCAGCAGUAGUGGAGAUUCUCCAGAGUCUGUGGCUGUAAUGACACCAAGUGGAAAGAUUGCGCAUGUGGAGGUGACAGAUAAUGGAGAUGGAACAUACUCAGUGGCCUACUCUCCUUCCAUGGAGGGAGCUCACUCUCUGCUGGUCAAAUACUCUGAUGAAGAAGAGUUCUGCAGUCCCUUCCAGUUCCAAGUCCUGCCAAGUGACCCCAGCAGGAAGUUGAGCGUCUCUGUACCAGGGUUGGAGUCAGGAGUCUGUGCUCAGAUACCUCAGACCUUCACCAUUGACAGCAAGAAUGGAGAAGUCCCAGAGUCUGUGGCUGUUAGGACACCAAGUGGUAAAUUGGAGCGAGUGGAGGUGACAGAUAAUGGAGAUGGAACAUACUCAGUAGCCUACUCUCCUGCCAUUGAAGGGGCUCACUCUGUCAUGGUUAAAUAUGCUGAUGAAGAUGACUUCUGCAAUGUCUCUGACUUCCAAGUGCUUCCUACCAAUGAUUCCAAGAAGUUAAAGGUCUCUGGUCCAGGUUUGGAAUCAGGACUUUGUGCCAAAGUUCCUCAGACCUUCACUAUUGACAGCAGCAGUAGUGGAGAGGCUCCAGAGUCUGUGGCUGUAAUGACACCAAGUGGAAGGUUAGAGCAUGUGGAGGUGACAGAUAAUGGAGAUGGAACAUACUCAGUAGCCUACUCUCCUUCCAUGGAGGGAGAUCACUCUCUGCUGGUUAAAUAUGCUGAUGAAGAUGAGUUCUGCAGUCCUUUCCAGUUUCAAGUGCUGCCAAAGGGUCCCAGUAGGAAGUUGAGCAUUUUGCUUCCAGGGUUGGAGUCAGGAGUCUGUGCUCAAAUACCUCAGACCUUCACCAUUGACAGCAAGAAUGGAGAAGUCCCAGAGUCUGUGGCUGUUAGGACACCAAGUGGAAAGAUGGAGCAUGUGGAGGUGACAGAUAAUGGAGAUGGAACAUACUCAGUAGCCUACUCUCCUUCCAUGGAGGGAGAUCACUCUCUGCUGGUCAAAUACUCUGAUGAAGAUGACUUCUGCAGUCUCUCUGACUUCCAAGUGCUUCCCACCAAUGAUUCCAAGAAGUUAAAGGUCUCUGGUCCAGGUUUGGAAUCAAGACUUUGUGUCAAAGUUCCCCAGACCUUCACUAUUGACAGCAGCAGUAGUGGAGAUUCUCCAGAGUCUGUGGCUGUAAUGACACCAAGUGGAAAGAUGGAACUUGUGGAGGUGACAGAUAAUGGAGAUGGAACAUACUCAGUAGCCUACUCUCCUUCCAUGGAGGGAGAUCACUCUCUGCUGGUCAAAUACUCUGAUGAAGAUGAGUUCUGCAGUCCCUUCCAGUUCCAAGUCCUGCCAAGUGACCCAAGCAGGAAGUUGAGCGUCUCUGUACCAGGGUUGGAGUCAGGAGUCUGUGCUCAGAUACCUCAGACCUUCACCAUUGACAGCAAGAAUGGAGAAGUCCCAGAGUCUGUGGCUGUUAGGACACCAAGUGGGGAAAUGGAACGAGUGGAGGUGACAGAUAAUGGAGAUGGAACAUACUCAGUAGCCUACUCUCCUUCCAUGGAGGGAGCUCACUCUCUGCUGGUCAAAUACUCUGAUGAAGAUGAGUUCUGCAGUCCCUAUAACUUCCAUGUUAUGCCUGCUGAUGAUGCCAUCAGUUCAAAACACUCUGGUGAUACUGAAUCAGAGUCAAGGGUCUCUGCCAAAGUCCCUCAGAACUUUACCAUAGGCUGCAGCAAGACAGGAGAUGCCCCAGAAUCUGUGGCUAUGAUGAUGCCCAAUGGGAAAAUAGAACAUGUUGAGGUGACAGAUAAUGGAGAUGGAACAUACUCAGUAGCCUACUCUCCUUCCAUGGAGGGAGCUCACUCUCUGCUGGUCAAAUAUGCUGAUGAGGAGGAGUUCUGCAGUCCCUUUCAGUGCCACGUGCUUUCCUGUCACGAUGCCAGUAAAGUCCAGGCCAGUGGACCAGGUUUGAAAUCGGGUCUACCUGCCAGCCUUCCAGCUAAAUUUGUUGUUGACACAACUGAAGCAGGAAAGGCUGAAUUAACAGUGAGGAUAAUUGAUCCUGAUGGCAGAGAGCGAAGAAACAUUAUCAGUAGUAGCCGUGAUGGCACCUAUGAGGUCUCCUACAUUCCAGACAAAGCUGGUGGCUACCAGGUUGUCAUUAGAUAUGGUGGUGAUGAGAUCCCCUCCUCACCCUAUCAUGUCUGGGUCAUCGCAACAGGGGACGCUGACAAGUGCAUUGUCACAGGUCCUGGGCUGGGCACUGUCAUCAGUGCUGGGGAAGAGAUUGGCUUUGUGGUGAACACACAGUCUGCUGGGAUGGGCAAGGUCUCAUGUUUUGUGUUGACUCCUGAUGGAACGGAGGUGGAGGCAGAUGUUAUCGAAAAACAGGAUGGGACCUUCGAGAUCUGCUACAGUGCCAGCCAGCCGGGGAACUACAUCCUCUCAACAGGCUUCGGAGGGGAGUGUCUGUUCACCCGACCCUUUGAAGUCAUGGCACCUGACAAUGAAUUGAACCAUGGACAAGUUCCCAAGGACAGCCUCCAGCUUACGAUGAUGCACGGCUCCUACAUUCCCCUCAGGAGAGGAAACCCAACUGGACUGAUGCCGUUUGACAUUGUCAUGGCCUUUGGUUUCCCUGAGAGCGAGAUUACAGGAGAAGUGUGUAUGCCGUCAGGGAGUAGGGCCCAAGCUGAGGUGGUUGAUAAUGGAGAUGGAACAGUGUCUCUUAUGUAUGAUCCUACUGAGGAGGGCCUGCAUCAAAUGCACAUCACAGUAAAUGGCAGCACUAUCCUCGAGAGUCCUCUCCAGUUUUAUGUGAACAAUGCCAGCAGUAGUGACCUGAUGGCACAUGGGCCUGGCCUCAUCUAUGGCACCUCCAAUGAGCUUGCAGCCUUUACUAUCUUCAACAAAGACUUAGCCCUUGGUGAACUGGACAUUGCCCUGGAGGGUCCAUCUAAGGCUGAGAUCCGCUGCCUAAACAACAGAGAUGGUACCUGCACUGUCACCUACCUUCCCACAGCAGCUGGAGACUACAGCAUCCUGGUACGCCACAAUGACAAUCACAUUCCAGGAAGUCCUUUCAAGGCCAGGAUCACUGCUACAGGCCCCAGUGCAGCGACUGGUAGUGGUGAGAGUGCUUGCAAGUCCCAGGUGAGACUGGGAACACUGGCUGACUUUACCCUGGACAUCUCAGAGGAGGACAUUAGCCUGCUCACAGCCAGUAUCCUGAACCCCUCAGGCCUGGCCGUGUCCUGCCUGCUUAAGAGGCAGCCUGACAGCCACAUUGGUAUCUCCUUCAUUCCCAAAGAAGUUGGAGAACACCUGGUCAGUGUCAUGAAGGAUGGUCAGCAUGUGGCCAACAGUCCAAUUCCUCUCAUCAUCACUCCACUGGAGAUUGGAGACGCCAGUCGGGUUAAGGUGUUUGGUCCAGGGCUAGACAAGGGGCGCACCUGUGAGAUGUCGGACUUUGUAGUUGAUACACGAGAAGCAGGAUAUGGAGGUUUGACAUUGGCUGUCGAAGGACCCAGUAAUGUGACGAUCCAAACCGAGGAGCUGGAGGAUGGAACCUGUGGGGUCUCCUUCCAGCCCACAGAGCCUGGAGCCUACACAGUCUCAGUCAAAUUUGCAGAUGAACAUGUCCCAGGGAGUCCUUUCAGAUCAGAGGUUACUGAGAGUGGUCAUGUGAGAGAGAGCAUCACCCACUACCAAGGAGCAGCCACUAUUACCACUGUGGGGAACACUUGCGGGAUUAACCUCAAAAUACCAGGUCUUGAUCCCCAGCAAAUGUCUGCCCAGGUGUCCAGUCCCUCUGGGGCCUUAGAGGAAGCUACAUUGAGCACCACAGGAAAUGACAUCUACACUGUGUGCUUUGUGCCCAGUGAAACUGGUGUCCAUGCUGUUGAUGUGAUGUACAGAAGCCAGCCAAUCCCUGGAAGCCCAUUCCAGUAUACUGUGGGUCGUAUAGAGGAAGGAGGACCAGAAAAGGUGAAGGCCUGGGGACUGGGACUGCAGAGUGCCAAAGCAAGCGUCCCAGUUGAUUUCAGUAUCUGGGCUCGCGAAGCGGGUGCUGGGAAUCUGUCAGUGGCGGUGGAGGGUCCUAGCAGGGCAGAGCUGGUCCUUGAGGACAGAGGGGAUGGCUCCUGUGGUAUCUCCUACAUCGCUCCAGAACCAGGUGACUACGAGGUGUCUGUCAAGUUCAACAAUGAGCACAUUCAAGACAGUCCUUACUUGGUGCCAGUUUAUGUUCCUGUGGAUAAAGCAUUGGGACAGAGAGACACAGGCCUACAGAUGACAUUACCCAGUGGGUGUGGAGCCUCUUCUAUCUGGUCCUCCUUCAUGUCUGAUGCCUCCAAGGUGGCUAGCAGUGGCCCAGGCCUAAGGAAGGCUUUUGUAGGGGGGAGAAACGCUUUCUCUGUUGACUGCAGUAAAGCUGGUACAAACCUUCUCCUUGUAGGUAUGCAUGGUCCUACCAUUCCCUGUGAGGAGGUGUCAAUCAAACACCUCGGCAACAAUCACUAUGAAGUCAGCUACAUGGUCAAAGAGAAAGGCAGCUAUGUUUUGGCAGUGAAGUGGGGAGAGCAGCAUAUUCCUGGAUCUCCUUUUCUUGUAGUUGUUCCAUAAAGUUUACUGUAUGUAGACUGUUGUUUUGGAAUGGUGGUACAGGAAUGAUACAGGAAUUAUGUAUACAUGUGAAAUUUCUUGGAUGUAUAGUAACUAUUCUUUCUGACUUUUCCUGCUGUUUUGUGGUAGACCUAAUAAAGUUUCAGCUUGUUUGACUCACACACAAACA